AUGGCCGGCCCUCGGCAUAGACACCUAACCCUAAAAACGGCCACGCACGCGCCCCUGUCCCCAGUCCCCAACCCGAGCUCCUGUCCCCAGUCCCCAACCCGACCCGAGCCGCAGCCCACCCGCGCCGCCGCCACCCGUCGUCGCCCACGCCCGCGCCACCCGCCGUCGCCCGCCGCCAUCCGCCGCCGCUGCCUUCCCCCGCGCCUCUCGAGCCACCGCCCGCCUUCCCCCACGCCCCCGAGCAGCCGCCCGUCCCCCGCCCACCACCCGUCGCCCCCGCGCCUCUCCACCCUUCGCCACCGCGCCGCCCCGGCCUCUCCUCCCGCAGCCCACCGCGUCGCCCCGGCCAUCUCCUCCCGCAGCCCGCCACGCCGACCCGGCCAUCUCCUCCCGCGCCGCCCCGGCCUCUCCUCCCGCAGCCGCCCCGGCCAUCUCCUCCCGCGCCGCCCCGGCCUCUCCUCCCGCAGCCCACCGCGUCGCCCCGGCCAUCUCCUCCCGUAG